CGGUAUUUCUGACAGCGAGCAACACAAACACAACAGACAGCGAGGGAAACGAACCAGUGCCGCCGUUUGUGGAGCGUUAUUUCCAGCAUUACUUCCGUUGUUUUUCCUAGGAGAGCACUUGAAUCGUUCAUCAGUGUUCUUACUUUGUGCUAGUGCAAAUUUCUAACAAUGAGUAGCAAAAAGGGACUCGAGUUAUUGCGCAGCAUCGCUACCGUGAUGACCAAAACCAACGGGUACGAUAGAUGUUUGCAGCAGCUCGUAAUGGUCAGUGGAGGCGAUGGACGAUGCACGGCCGAGUUUAAGGUACAGGAGGAACACCUGAACCGUGCUGGUGGUUUGCACGGAGGAUACACCGCCACCAUCGUGGACGUGGUCACUACGUACGCGCUGAUGACGAAAGAAAACGCCGUACCCGGCGUUUCGGUGGACAUUCACGUGAGCUACCUGAAGGGUGCGCGGCAGGGCGACGAGGUCAUUAUCGAUGCAAACACGGUACGGGCAGGGAGAAAUUUAGCAUUCCUCGAAUGUGAGCUGCGCCACAAGAAGGACAAUUCAAUCAUUGCCAAAGCAUCGCACACCAAGUACAUAGGAAGUAGUUAGACGGUCCGCGAAAAAGGACAUCAAACAAACACAACAGGGAUAUGGUAGAAACAAAAAGAAUUGGGUGUUAGGUUCUAGGUCUUUUUCUUUGCGUGUGUGUGUUACCUGCUUUGUUUAAACUCUCCGCGUUCGGCAAGAGUUGGAUGCUGUACGGUUGUAGUAACUACAAUAAAAACGCAAUGAAACUUUACAACUUU